AACAGUGUUUUAAAGCAAUAAUGGUGAGAAUUAAAGUGAACGAAGGGGUGUUGGAGGGAAGUAAAGUGGAUAAUGUUUACGGCAAGCCCUAUUUUAGUUUCAAAGGUAUUCCGUACGCUGAGCCCCCUGUUGGCGAUUUGAGAUUUAAGGCGCCAAAACCUAAAUCGCCAUGGACUGGAGUUCGUCAGGCAAAAGAGCACGGCCCUGAAAGCUGUCAAUACGAUGUUAUAUUUACACAAUCUACAGAAUUCAUAGGUAAAGAAGACUGCUUAUAUCUAAAUGUAUACACUCCUAAUAUUGAACCGGAGAAUCCACUUCCCGUCAUGGUAUUCAUUCACGGUGGUGGGUUUUUUUGCGGCAGUGGAAAUUCCGAACGAUAUGGACCCGAAUUUCUGAUAAAGCAUAAUGUCAUUCUGGUGACGAUAAAUUAUCGUCUGGAUAUACUUGGAUUCCUUUGCCUUGACACUGAAGAUAUUCCUGGGAACGCGGGAAUGAAAGACCAAGUUGCUGCACUCAGGUGGGUUCAGAAUAACAUAAGGAACUUUGGAGGCGAUUCUGAUAAAGUAACUAUUUUUGGCGAAAGUGCUGGAGCAGCCAGUGUAUCGGCACACUUAGUUUCGCCGAUGAGUAAAGGACUUUUCAAAAGAGCCAUAAUGCAAAGUGGAACAUCACUUUGUCCAUGGGCACAAACAUAUGGAGCACGUGAUAGGGCUAUCCUACUUGCUAGAGAAUUAGGAUGUGAAUGCAAGAAUGAUAAGGAGAUAUUUGAAUUUUUCAAAAACCAACCAGCCAUUAACCUGGUGAAUAAAAAAGUUCAAAUCACAUUCACAGAAAGGGCUAAAUUAUUCCCACAUGUUUGCUAUGGGAUAGUUUCAGAAAAAAAAUUUGAGGGUCACGAAUGUUUCAUUGAAGGAGAUUUCUUUGAUCUUAUGCGAAAUGGUAAUUGCAUUCAUGAAGAUGUAGAAAUAAUGAAUGGAUACACAGAGGAUGAGGGCUUCUUAUAUUUUGCACUGGGCUCUCCUGUAGAUGAGGUUUUUAAACAAGCCAGCCACUUUGCACAAUUCUUUGUGCCCCACGACAUAAUGAACCAUGUUCCCGUUAUUGAGCAGAUGUCCCUUGGCACAAAGAUUAAGAAAUAUUAUUCAAAAGAUCAAUUUGUGAACAAGGAAUGUAAUUUUGAUGAAUUACUGAAAUUCUUGAGUAUGGAUUAUUUUAUACACGGCGCCUUAAGUUGGCAAGCAUUAUGCGCUAAGAGAAACAAAAAUAAAUGUUAUUUAUACAAAUUUUCAUGUAAAUCUGAAAGAAACAUUUUUGCUCAUAAUGCGGGGUGCAGUUUCAUAUAUGCUCACAGAACUCCCGUAUCGCACGUUGAUGAUUUAUUUUAUCUAUUUCCUGCUUCAAUUAGCCUACCAGAAGUUGAUAUGAAUUCCAACACAUACAAAAUGAUCGAACAAGUUACCAAAUUGUGGACGAACUUUGCAAAAUACGGGAACCCCACGCCUGAUGAUAGUUUAGGAGCCCGAUGGCUCCCGUAUACGGCUGAACAAAAGCACUAUUUGGACAUUGGAGAGGAACUCAUUCCCGGUACAUCUCCGGAUGAAGAGCAGAUAAAGUUCUGGGAAGAGAUGUAUAGAGAGUAUUGCCCGCAAAAAUUGUGGUAA